UACCCCAUGUCAUAACCACAACCAGCAGGUUAUUUACAUGAUUUGUUUCCAUAAAAUUUAUGGAUAAAUAAAUUUUUGUUUUGUUAUUUAAAUUAAAAUUUAUUUUAAAUUAGUGAAAGACUAAAAAUUUUUGCAACAUUAAUUGAGUUUUUUUUGAAAAUGAAUCAAGAAUUUGAACCAAUGGAGGUUGAAGAGGAUGCUUCCAAUUUUGAUGAAUUAAUUGAAUCUGAAUUAAAAAGUAAUUCAGAAUCACCUAUUUCUAGAGAAAUCCAGAGUCUACCAGAAGCAAGAUACGAAAAUAGAGGCGGUGCUUUUUUAACUGGAAUAGACAUUUUUAGUGAAGAGGGAAAGCAAAAAAUUGAGGAACGUGCUAAACGAUUUGGAUUAAAUGAUAAAGAAAUUUUUUCUCGUUUACAAGAAUAUCAAGAUUUGUACACUAGCAUGGGAAUAACGGAAGAAAAUGAAAAUACAAAAAAUUUUCGUCUCAAUGCUUUACAUAUAAGAGGAACUGAAGAAAUGAGUACAAAAGAUGUAUUUAAAUAUUUUGAAGAUUAUGCUCCAGCCUCUUUGGAAUGGAUCAAUGAUGUUUCGUGCAAUGUUGUAUGGUUAGAUUCUGCGUCGGCAGCAAGGGCUUUAGUUGGUUUAUCAAAAAAAAUAAUAGGACUAAAUAAUCGAAAUACAUCUGAAUCUAAUGAAAUUAAUUUCACUCAAAAAGAAAAUGAGGAAGAAAAUAUUGAUGACACUAACAAUGUAAAAAAUUCGAAUGAUAUUGAAAUUCAUGUAAAGGAUAUUGAAUAUCCUUUACCACCCGGAAUUUGGAGAAAAGGAAUUAAUUAUUCAAAAUCAAAAGGAAUUUUCAUGAGAUUCGCUACUAGAACUGAUAAGAAACAACCGCGUGCUGAAAAAAUGAGUGAAUAUUACAAAAAAUAUGGAAAUCCUAACUUUGGAGGUGUUAAAGGAAUUUUAACAGAAUCUAGAAAACGAACAUAUAGACAUACUACGCAAAAUAAAAAAAAAGGAAAAGGUCAUUCAUCUGACGAAGAGAUGAAUGUUAGUGUUAAAAAAAAUCCUUGGGGUGAUUUAUCACAAAAUUGGGGUGUCGGCGACACUGUUGAGGAGGAAUUUACACGUAAACAACCAUUCAUUGAUCAAUCGAGUCAUAUCAAAGAGAGAUUAGGUUUAAAAAAUCGAUUACAAGAAAAAUUACACGAAUCAGAAGAAUCUGAAAGUGAAUCAUGCAGUGAAAGUGAGGAUGAAUGGUUUAAAAAAAGUAAAAUACCAAGAAUGCGUAUGCGUGCCGAUGAUGAGGAAGCAAAAGUUAAAAAACGUCGAAGUCAACAACGUAAACAGGAGACUCUUAAUAUUCACAAAGAUUUGAGAUCGAGACUAGGUAAAGUAAAAAAAGAACCUGUCCGCGAUGCGAUUCAGAUUGUAAUCACGAAUUAUGAAAAUUCAAGAGCACAAAUAUCAGAGGAAGAGGAAGGUGAAAUUUUAGAAUCGGAAUGCGAUGAACAAGAGAUUGAAAAUGAAGAAGAGCAAGAGGAGGGCGAAAUUGAAGAUGUAGUUGAAGAGAAUGAAGAUGAUGAAGAAACUGAAAAAGAAGAAGGCGAAGAUAGUGAUAAUGGUGAUGAAGAAGAUGAAUUAUCAGAAAAAGAAGUGCGAGGACCAAAAGGAAGUGUUAUAAAGGUAGUGGCACGUAAACCACAAAUUGCUUCAACUGUUUGGACAAGAUUACAUCGUACAGCAGUGAAAAGUGAAGUAAAAGCUGUGAACAAUAGUUCAAAACGAACAUCGCGACGUGAUUUGAGAGAAACAUUAAGGGGCGAUUUACGAUCUCGCCUCGGCAGCCAUUCAAGAACAAAAGGUCGUUCUCCAUUGAGAAUAGAAGUAAAAAAUGAUAAAUGCGCCAAUGAAAACAGUGGUUCAGAAUAAGUUUAUUGAAUAGAAAUUUAAUAUAUCUAAAAUUAAUCUUUUUCUAUUAUUUUUUUUUUUUUUUGAGAUUAAUAUCGAUUUCUUAGUUUUUUGUAAACAUAUAUUUUUUUGAUCAUUUAGCUGAGUGAGAUAUAUGUUUUCUUUAUAAUUCUCAAUCAAUCUUUUAUUUUACCUGAUUGAUGAAAAUUUUCUCAUGUAAACAAUUUCUUACCAAUUCAUCUACAUAUAGGUAUAUGUAAUAAUAAUAAUAAUAAUGUAAAAAAUGCAAUUUCUAAAAAUAUAAUUAAAUAAUAUUAUAUUAAAAAUUUGUAUUAUUAUUUUUUCGCUUCAUUUUUUUCCUGAGGGGGGGUUCGGGUCUAUUUCAAAAAAAUUAAAAAAUAUUCAAAUUAAUUAUUCAAAUAAUUUUAAUUAUAUAUUUAUAUUGAAGCGUACAGUGAUACAUUUACAAUUUUCAUAAUUUUUAAUAUAUAUAUAUAUAUAAAUAAAUAAUUAAUAUAUUGUGCAUAUAAUUUCUGUCGCUGAAAUAAAGAAAACAAUAUAUCUUGAAGCACGCUCAACGUUGAUUUUCAUUUUACAUACAUCAUGACAUUAAAUAAUUAUUAUUAGUACCUGCAAUAAUAUACAAAAUCAUUUUUUUUACAUAAAUUUUUUAGGAAGAUUAUCAAAUUGAAUGAUUGCUUUAUUCUUUGUCACUUUAUUUUUUUUUAAUCUAAUUAAAUCAUGACAUGUAUUGUGAGAAAAAUGUGUUUUUAUAUCUAGAAGAGAAUGGUCUAAAUAAAAAAAAAUUAUUUUUAAGCUCAAAUGUGCAUCUAUAAAAAAUACAAUUUUUAUUUUUAUUUGAAUAAGUAAAUUAGAAAGUAAUGGAAAAUUACAAAUUUUAACAAAUAAAUCAACAAGGAUAUAUAUAUAAUUGUAAACUUUCAGACCAUUAUCUUCUUUUUAUAAAAUAUUUUUCAUUUGGCACGUUAUGAGAAAAAUUGCAAUAACUUUCUCAUUCAUAUGAAGAUGAAUUUAUAUUUUGUUGUUUUUAGUAAUACAGAAAAUAAUUUUAUCUCUGAUAAACACAUUUCGAAAAGAUUUUUUUUUUCAAAGUUUAAUAUAUGCACGACGAACGAAAAAUUUAAGGCUGUUAAAGUAAACUCAUUUGAAUUGAAAAGACUUGUUUUUUUUUGCAAGAAAAGAAAUUGGCGAAAUGUAACAUUGAAAUUUGAUUUUGUAACAGAAUAUUCUCAUUUUUCAAUUACAUUCUUCCAAUUUCAAGUUUCAAAGCUUUAAAAACAACUUUGCAUAAAAAAUCCUUUUUUUGCAAUUCUUUUCUCAUGAGCUUUUUUUUUAAUAUCUUUUCUGAAAUUUUUCUGUUUGAGAUCUUAAUUAUAUUUUUAAUUCAUUGACAAAAAUCAGAUUUCUAUUUUUGUCUUUUGUCCCAACAGCCUUAAUGUAAUUAAGAUAAUUUUUUUUAAUUUCACACUAUAAAUAUCAACAUUCAUUAUUUAAGACGUUUGACAGUGAUAGGGAUCUAAUUUUCGUUUUUUUUAAAUCCUUUUCACUGCGUAUAACGUCACAUUUAUUUAGCAAGUAAUAUUAAGUAAUAACAAGACAAAUUAUUAGGACUGCCCGCACGAGAUUUUUAAAUCUUACCUCAUUUCGCCAUUUAAGCAGCCCUAUAUAUGAUUAAUAUUAUUAAGUAAACAGCCGAUAUUUUCAUUAUAGCCAAAUUCAAAUGUACAUUAUUGCAUAUUUGUUAAAAUUAUUCAUAUAGAUUAUUUUUUUUUAUUUUUGAAUUCAAGAAAUAGUUUAUAAUUAAGAAUUCUAUAUAUAUAUAUAUUUAUAUCAUAAAAACUUGAACUUUUUUUUUGACUGACUUUGACUGACACACAAAGUGGUAAUUAUAAUUUUUGUCAAAGAUUUAUCAGUCUUGUCUUCACAAAAAACCGUCUUAAACAGUUUACAUCCGGCUACAUUAAUAAUCAAUAAUUUAACACGGAUAUUUUUUUUUUUUUUUUUUGUUUUUUUUUAAUUAGGUAUGUAACAUGGAAAAUUUAUGUAGACGAAGUAUUUUUUUAAUAUUUGAUGUAAGAUAUGAAUUAUUAACAAGUAUAUUAGGCCUGAUUAUAUUGAUAAUAUAAAUACAGUACAUAUAGUACAUAUGUAUAUAUAAAGAUAGUCUAUCAUCAUUGUUUAUUGCCCACAAAAUAAGUGUGGCAUUUGAGAACAUUUUUUAUUUUUUCAAUACAACUUUUUAGUUUUCAUUAAAAUUAUUUAACACAUUUUUUUUUAAAUACAAACAACAACAACAACCAUACAAUAAGGAAUUGAAAAUGUUUACUAGCUUAAAGAUCAUCCAAUGAAAAGUAAAAAUCUCCAAACAAUAUAAAAUUAUUGAUUUAUUAAAAGCUUGUUUUAUUUUUUGAAAAAAUGAAUUAUCAACAUACAUGGAAAAUAUUAACUCAUGGAUUGUAAUUUAUAAAACUCUUCUGAAAUUCUUUUCGGUUAAAUAUAUUUUUUUUUUAUAUAAAACGUUUUUUUUAAUAUUUAUAAAUUGUUAACGAUUAUUGAAAAAAAAAAAAUUAUGUAAGCAGUAAAUAAAAAAGAAUUUUCUGUUAUAAACUGAAAAAAAUUAAUCUGAUGAAUUAUAAGACUACUAUGCGAUUUUAGAAAAAAAAAAAAAACCUAUUAAAAUUCAGGAAAUUGAUAAAUUAGACAAAAAAAUAAUUCUUUUAGAAAUUUGAAUAGUUGACCGGUAUAGUGUAUUACUUUUAAAUAAUAUUAAUAAAUAAAAAUCUAUUAACUUUGGUUUUCCAUAAGCACAUGCUUUUUAUCUUAGCAUACCUAAACAUUUAUUCGAAAAGCACAAUUUAAAAAUGAAUACAUUUUUGUAUUUUAUGAUUGACAGAAACACACUUUUUUGAAAAAAAAAUGCAGCAAACACAUUGAAUUGUUAAAAAAAAAAUUAUUUUUUACUAUAUUUAAAAUGAAACAUGCCAAUCAAUUCUAGAAAAAAAAUAAAUAACAUAAAAUUUUCUUCUUAUUAUUUAACUAUUCUUUCUAACUUUUUUUGAAAUCAUUGUCUUUUAUUCACGUAAGGCGCUUUACCAAAAAUUUAAUUUAAUUUGCAUCUUAUAUAUUUAUUCACAUAUUAAUUUAUAUGCAUUUUGUAAAAAGGAAUCUCUUAUAAUUUUUUUUGUUUUUUUUGUUUAACAAACAAAAGAUAGCAUAAUUCUUUAGCAAUUUCUUUUUAUUUUACAAUUUAAAACAAUUUAAUUUUCAUGGGCCAAGAGCCUUUUGUUUAAACAAAUAAAUCGUACAAUAUUUACAUAACGCUUUCAUUAUUUUCCGUAAUCAAUAGAUAUUUCUUAAGUAACAUCGUAUCGUUGAAAAGGCAUAUUUGUACCAUUUAUUGCUAUUAAAUACUUGAGAGUAAAAUAUUUAAUGACAAAAAUUAUUCCACUUUUCUAGCCAAGUUUGUUUUUCACUUUUUAUUUGUUUGUUAUACAGUUUUUUUUUCUCUUAUUAUUACAAUUAAAAGCACAAUCCGUAAGAGCUUUCGAAAAACAUGGAUUUUUUUUUUUUUUUUUUUUCAAAGAAAUAUCAAACAUUUAAAAGACGAACUACAUUUACAUAAUAUCAUAAACAACGUGCACAGUUAAUACAACCACAGCUCUUACGGUUUUUUUUUUUUUUAUAUUAUUUCAAAAAUUCUUUGGUUGCAGUUAUUGUUUAUAAUUUAUCGAAAAAUUGAAUUUUAUACACUUAAAAUGAAAAUAUUUUUAAUUUAAAUAAUAAUGGGAAAGAAGAUCGAAUGAUUAAAUAUUAUUAGUGUUCCAAGUGUAUUUAAAAUAUUUUUUUUUUAAUAAAUAUUAUUUUUUUAAUGCAGAACACUAUUCAAUAAAAAAAAAUUUCAUAUUGUUAAAGGACUAGUAAAUAAAGUCCACCGUGCACGCUGCAUGCUUAUUAACUUCAUUAAUCAAAUAUGGCAGUAUCAAAUGAAUUAUUUACAUAGAUUCAACCAUUAUUAUUAUUAUUAUUAUUAUUAUUUAUUAUUAUUUAUUAUUAUUAUGAUACCAAAACAUUUAUGAAGAAAUCACAUUUUAAAUAUAAAUGCUUGGGUAGACGAUAAUAUCACUUUAAGUGUAUCAAUUUUGACAAUGUUUUUUUUUUUUUUUUUUUUUUUUUUAAUCAUUUGUACACUUUGAAAAUCAUGCAAUUAUUACAUUCCAUUAAAGACAAAGCUGAAAUGUACAAUAAUAAAUUUGUCACUGAAUAUAUACUUUUUUUUCGUAAACGAAUUAUUUUCUAAUUCUUUCACUAUUGUGCUCACAGUAUUUGAGAUCUUGUGAUAAAUAUAACAAAAAUAAUAAUUUAUCAAUUAUUUUUGAGAAAAAAAAAAAACAUUUCCCUUUCUUUAAAUCAAUUUAACAUAAUUUCUUUAAGUC